UCAUGGGGCCCCCAGGCAAUAGGGGAUCAUGGGGCCCCUGUGUCCUUGUCCAAACUCAAAAAGCCUAUGAAAAAGGUACCAGGGGCAUCUCAUGGGGCCCCCUACUGACCCCGGGCCCUCGGGCAGUGCCCGAGUUUCCAAAUGGUCAGUUCGCCCCUGCACUAUACUCAUAUAUGUUUUACAUUAGUUUGUGUCUCCUUUUGCCUGGAGUUUAACAAACAGAAAACACCUGUUAUGUCAUAUGGUACAAGACUAUUCACAACAGCCUUGUACCAUGUAACAAGUUCUGACCAAUCACAGUUCUCACA